AUGUCACGACAAUUCGAUUCAAACUAUCUGACUGGCUUAUUACAGCUUUAAUCUAGUCUAAACGAAACAGCUUAUGGAGAAUUCAUCUUAACUCCUUUCCCAAUGCCUCCAUCUGCAAUAGAAGUGAUAGGGUUAGUUGUAAUAAUGGUCUUAAUGAUACUAUGUAAUGCUGGAGGUGUUGGAGGUGGCGGGAAUUCGACCCCAUUUAUUGUCGUAUUUUUCAAUUUAACCUUGAUAGAAUGUAUUCCUAUUGGAAACUUUUUGGGCUUCAUCUCGGCCUUUUUUAGAUUCAUAAUCAAUUACAGAGAAAAGCAUCCCAAUAAUCCAGAUAAAUUGGCGAUUGACUAUGAGAUCAUAGAAUUGACGAUGCCACUUCUUUAUCUUGGCACUCUUUUCGGAGUUUAGAUCGGCACAAGACUUCCAGAGAUCUAUCUAGCGGUGAUAUUUGCAAUCCUAUUAUUCUUUGUUGCCUACAAAACAUCUGAGAAAGCUUAUAAAAUGAUUAAAGAUGAGAACAAGAAACUCUAGAUCUCAAAGGAGGAUUAGCUGAGCUACAAUGAUAAGACUUUAGCAUUAAAGACUAGCUUGCUUGAGAAAGAAAGUAAUACAGUAGGGAAAAAUGAUCAUGAAAGAUAAAAUCAACUUGAAAAUAAGGAUGAGAAAUAAUCAGCCUAAUUAAGAUAUAUAAUGAAGUAAGAGAGCUAGCAUUUUACUCCAAGAAGAUGCCUUAAUUUUGCUUUAACUCUAAUUUUCUUGAUUACCACUUCAAUGCUUUUGAACUCUAAAGAUAUAUUUACUGUUAGCGAUUAUGUCAAAUAUGCAGCAGUUGGUCUAUUCAUUGUGUAUUCUAUAGGAUGCACAAUCGUAAUAUCAAAGACCCUUCAAAAAAAUUAUCAUAUAAAACUAAACGAAGGCUAUUAGUUUGAUAAAAAUGAUAUCACAUACGAAAACCCAGGCCAGCUAAUAAAAGUAAUAGUACUUUGCUUCAUUUCUGGGAUACUUGGAGGUAUUGUAGGUAUCUCUGGGGGUAUUAUAUUAGCUCCCUUGUUUAUCUAAUUGGGAAUGCUGCCUACUCUAGUAUCCAGCACCAAUCAAUACCUUGCUUUAAUUUCAACAAUAUCAGUUUCCUUCUAAUACUGGUAUCUAGGGAUGCUAAACACAGAGUUUGUUAUAGUCUUGGGCAUCAUAUGCAUGAUUGGAUGUUACAUCGGGGUAAAGUAAGUGUAAGUCAUGGUUAAGAAGAGUGGAAGGCAGUCAAUAAUAGUUGUCGCCCUUGCUUUUGUUCUUUUUGCAUCUUUCCUUAUGAUUCCAGUAAAGUAUUGGCUAAAGAGCAUAGGCCAGUAGUGA